AGCAACCUCGCGCAACUACUGUAUGUCGCACCCUUCAAUGACUACAUAGAAAACGUAUAAAUAGCAUUUUCGCUCCUGAUUAAGACAGAUACUAUUGUUAUCACUGAUGCUGGUAUUAAGUGCAGCUCAAGAAUCUUACACGACCGAUGGCUUUAAUGAUAAAUUAAAUAGUGUAGAACCAAAUCCAUCUGUACGGUUGGAUCCAUAUAUUCGAAAAGCUUUACUGAAAGCGCUAAGCGAUCUUGAAGAGAGCGGAAGAGCAUCAGACCCAGAAUCGACAGAUGCUUCAUCUACAAGUUCUGAAACUCUGAGCACAAGUGAAAAUAACUUUAGACAACGGAAGCCAAAAGAAAAUAUACAGAUUCACUCAUUUGUCGUAAACGGCCAAGAAGCUUUUAGAAAUAACACAAAUGCCUCACCGACAUUGUUAGACAGCAAGAUAUCUAUACUGAGCACAACAGUAGGCAAUGUAGAAAACUAUAUAACUGCAACACUUCCAACACAAACACCUUUCAAAGAGAUAUUUCAAGCCAAAGAGUCGGGAGUAAAUGUUCAGCAAAUCAGAAGCCUCACAUCAAAAUCAAGUUUUGGAAGCAGCCAAGCAAACAAAAUAAGCACAUCAAAACCACGCUUGAUAUCAACAACUUCAACCACCUCCACAACAACAACUACAACGACUACGCCCAAACCGACUCAUGAUAAGGAUGGUACAAAUAUUGAAGAGGUAGAUAAACGCGACGUUCAAGUCUAUCAGGCCCCACUCGUCGCAGCUUUUACAGUUCAUCAAGACGCGCAUGGCAUUCCCAAAAAAGUUAUUCCUAUAUAUCAACAAACAACAAAUCAGGAUGUCCUGAAAUCCUUAGAUUCAAAUCCUCAACAAGAUGUAUCAAAUAGCAACGGAAUCCCUAAAAUCUCCCAAUCAGACUACAUCUCACAGCAACUAACUUUACAAAAGCAACUCGAAGAAAAACAAAGAUUUUUAGAAGAACAGCUCAGACUAUUACAGAUACAGCAGAUACAACAAGAACAGUUAUUACGUAAACAACAAUUUCUUCUUCAGCAAAAAGAAGCGCAAAGACAACAACUUCUUCAAUUUGAGCAGGAGCAAUUCAAAAGGCAACAAGUGGAACAGCAAAAUGCACAACAGAAAAAUGUACAGCAACUUUUAAAUCCAACAGGAAUUCAGCCUACUUCACAAAUAACUAUUCAACCAAGUGUAGCCAUAUCAAGUAAUACGUUAGCUAAUCAAGCAUUACCUAACAAAGAGGCUAUAGAUUUUCUCAUUCAUCUACGCAGCCAACAAUCGGAACAAUUUCCUUUGCAAAACAAUCACCUUCCUCAAGGAAUAAGCAGUUUCUUACAACCAAACCAAAACUUUGCUCAGAAUCAAAAUUUUAAUCAAGGGAAACAGGGAAAUCGCGUCUUUCGACAUGAAAGCGGUGUAGGUAAUUUCGGAAUCAAUAAUCCAAACUACAAUAGAUUCAAUACAUUCAGUCCGGUUCAUACAAAUGGAUUCUUCCCAAUAAAUCAGCAGAACCAAUUUAGUCCAGAUGCUGAAUUAAAACAAUUAUUAGUCCAAACUGGUUUGAAUGGUAGAGCGCACGAAGACUUAAAUAUUGUAACUAAAGUUUUAUCUCUAAAUCACGGUGUACCAGUAAAUAUAUCGAACCGGUUAAAUUUUGAUAGUAGACGACAUGUACGACCGUUUCAAACGCAAUGAAUGUAUGAAUGAGAUACGCGAGCGUUAGAGGGGCAAAAUACAAAAAAAUAUUUGACUACUAUCUAGGUUGUAAAUAAUAUAAACAUAUUUUACCUCAGAAUUCCUAGAUUUUAGAAAGAUAGUGGAUUUAGGCUUGACCGACUUCAAGUUCGAAUGAAAAAAAUAUUUAGAAUCUGGUAUUACCGAAAAUAUAUUACACCUCACCUAUAAAUUACUUAUAUUUAAUUAUUACAGCGAAUGAAAAAUGAAUGAAUUUAUUUUCUGCUUAAGUAAACUCUUGUAAUUUUAGUAUUAGUUGUAAGGCGUAGGGUACAGAAAUGUUAUCGAUUAAUAAAAAAAUAGAGACAAAUGGAGACUAAAAAAAGCCCGUUAAACAUUUACAAAGGUCUGUUACCUAUUUUUAUAAUCUCUAAUGUAGUAUUAUAUUUUAUGAUUAUUAUGUAAAGACAAAAUGAGUCGUCUGCGCUGUAUUGAAGAUUAUUUUUAAGAUAGUCUAAAAAUUGCUACAUACUACUUAAUCAUAAUAUUUAUUUUAUACUUAAGAAUGAAUUUGUCAUUUGCCAUAGGUUGAUUAUUUUUUACAAUUCAAAAUAAAGCUAAUGAAACUUACAUAAAAGCAUUUAAAAACAGCG